CUCUGAGAAAGAAAUAUAUAGUUCAUUCAGCUCCGGUCUGCUUCAUUCACCUUCACUCUGUUCAGUAAGUCAGUGCUGGUGAUGAACAGCAGCAUGUUUCUUGUCUGGACCCUCAGCUCUCUGAUCCUCAGCUACACUCUUGGGCUUCCCAACCCUAAUAGCACAAGCAGUGGAUCUCACGUGGAAUCUUUUCUCAAUGUCACCGAGGGGAACUUCACAGAUAGUGGGACCAAUCAGACCAGGUCAAAUUUCAUUCGCAUGGGGAAAAUCUAUGGCAUCCAAAUAUCUGUUCUUCACAGUCCCAGAUGUCUUUUGCCUACCUGUGGCACGCAUACUCUAGCCCACAAGUUGCAGAUUGGGGAUGAGAAAGCAGGGAAGAGUGCAAGCGACCCAUAUGGGCCUGGGAAAAAAUAAGAGAUACCUCGGAGAAAGAUGGUUACUUUUAUUUGAUUGUUUUCAUUGAAUUGUAAAAUGUCUUUACUUUGAACCAUACUUUGAUUAAAAAAUGCAAACUUUCUUUACACAUUUUAUUAUUCAUGUGAGCAAAUGCAGAAAUAUGUUAGCAACAUCUUGUCACACCAAUAAAGAACACAAUUAUUUUUAUUAAUA